CUGUGGGAGAAAAUCAGGCUCCGUCUGCUGUUUUUUUUUCCGAAAACUAACACACAUCUAAACCCGAUUUUUUAAGUCUUCGAUCUGAGGGAUGAAGAAGUUUGGAUGGGAAACAGUCGACAGCCAGUGACAAUGCACGGGAUGCAGCGGAGGGACUGCAGUUAAACGCUGUAACGAGUCCGUGUUAAAACUGGUCGAAAUUUGAAAGAAGCAGAAGUUUUUUCCCCCACCACUUCUACUUUUGAGCUGUCAGAUUCGUUUGUCGUUUUCUGCAGGGGCCUGGCACAGAAAUGGGAACCGGCCUGGACUAACCAUCCCACAAACUGUGCUUUUCUGAGAGACAUUACAUUUAAGUUUUAACAGCCUUUUGUUUGGAUGCACCAACAUUUUAAGCCCUUAUCCUCAGUGGCAUCCUGCGGAGGCUGACUAAUCUGUCGCCGCAUUUAUCGUUUGCCUCUGAAGUUGUUUGUCACUCAUACUGGGAAAACAUCUUUCGACUCUGAACAUGUGGCUAAUGUAUAUUCGGUGCAACCUUAAACGUUUCAUCGUCUGUGAAAGCUCGAGGAGAACGAUGUAUUUUCUGUGAAGUGCGCUGUAAAGUUCUCACGAAGAAAGGAACAUUUGGCUAGCUAGCUACCGCUGGCUGCUAAAGCUAGCUAGCCAGCCCUCUGCCUCGCCAGUGAGCUGUUUUUGUUCAUAACCCAACAUCGGGACUGAGUUCAACAGCAAAAAUGUCUGCUGGGCAAAGCAUGGAGGCUCGAUUUGAAAAAAUCGAUGCCAUGUUGAAGGACCCAAAGUCAGAAGUAAAUACGGAUUGUCUUCUGGAUGGCUUGGAUGCGCUGGUGUACGACCUUGACUUCCCUGCCCUGAGGAAAAACAAGAGCAUUGACAACUUUUUGAAUAGAUACAAGGAAACCAUUAGUAAAAUCCGUGAUCUACGCAUGAAAGCAGAAGACUAUGAGGUGGUUAAAGUUAUUGGGAGGGGUGCAUUUGGAGAGGUGCAGUUGGUAAGACACAGAGCCACAUGUAAAGUAUACGCCAUGAAGCUGCUCAGCAAGUUUGAGAUGAUCAAGAGGUCGGACUCUGCUUUCUUCUGGGAGGAGAGGGACAUCAUGGCUUUUGCCAACAGCUCAUGGGUGGUGCAGCUCUUUUUUGCUUUCCAAGAUGAUCGCUACCUCUACAUGGUGAUGGAAUACAUGCCUGGGGGUGACUUGGUUAACUUGAUGAGCAACUAUGACGUCCCAGAGAAGUGGGCCCGCUUUUACACAGCUGAGGUGGUGCUGGCUCUGGAUGGGAUCCACUCCAUGGGCUUCAUUCACAGGGACGUGAAACCUGAUAACAUGUUGCUAGACAAGGCAGGCCACUUAAAACUGGCAGAUUUUGGGACCUGCAUGAAAAUGAACAAGGAUGGUAUGGUACGAUGCGACACAGCGGUGGGAACUCCAGACUACAUUUCACCUGAGGUACUGAAAUCCCAAGGAGGAGAUGGCUAUUAUGGCAGAGAGUGUGACUGGUGGUCAGUGGGAGUGUUCCUGUACGAAAUGCUAGUUGGCGACACUCCUUUCUAUGCAGACUCACUGGUGGGGACCUAUAGCAAAAUUAUGAACCACAAGAACGCCCUGACCUUCCCUGAAGACAGCGACAUCUCCAACGAUGCCAAGAAUCUCAUCUGUGCUUUCCUGACUGACAGGGAAGUCCGGCUUGGCCGUAACGGUGUUGAUGAGAUCAAGAGGCAUCCUUUCUUCAAGAAUGACCAGUGGACAUGGGAGAACAUCAGAGAAACGGCUGCUCCAGUAGUGCCUGAGCUGAGCAGUGACAUUGACACCAGUAACUUUGACGACAUUGAGGAGGAUCGGGGAGAGGAGGAGACCUUUCCCAUACCAAAGGCCUUUGUGGGCAACCAGCUCCCCUUCGUGGGCUUCACUUACUACAGCAAUCAGCACCUUUUGCGCAGCUCCACCACCACAAAGACCAGUGACAAACGUAGCAGCUCCACGAAGGAAGACAAGAGUCAUCUGGAAAACCUGCAGAAACGAAUCUACCAUCUGGAGGAGCAGCUCCACGGUGAGAUGCAGCUGAAGGAUGAGUUGGAGCAGAAAUGCAGGACGUCAAACACCAAGAUUGACAAGAUCAUGAAAGAACUGGAUGAAGAGGCAAACCUUAGGAAGAGUGCAGAGGCCAGCGUGUCUCUGCUGGAGAAGGACAAGAUCAUGCUGCAGCACAGAUUCACCGAGUACCAAAGAAAAGCUGACCAGGAGGCGGAGAAGAGACGCAAUUUGGAGAAUGAGGUGUCAACUUUAAAGGAGCAGCUUGAAGAUAUGAGGAAGAUCAGCCAGAACUCGCAGGCCUCCAAUGACAAGAUUGCCCAGCUGCAGAAUCAGCUGGAGGAGGCCAAUGACCUGCUGCGUGCAGAGUCGGACACGGCAGCGAGACUGAGGAAGAGCCACACGGAGAUGGCAAAGUCAAUGAGCCAGUUGGAGAGUUUGAACCGAGAGCUGCAGGAGAGGAGCCGCGCAGCCGACGGUGAGAAGGCCCAGCUGGAGAAGGACCUUCUGCUCGUUCAGAGCACCCUGGACUCGGAGAGGAGGAACUACAGCCAGGGAUCAGAGGAGAUCAGGGAGCUGCAAGCGAGGAUGGCAGGGCUGCAAGAGGAUAACAAAAACUUGAAGCUCAGCCUCUCCAAAGUGGAGGCAGAACGUAAACAAGCCCAGGAGAGGAGCAAUAACCUGGAGAAGGAAAAGAACAACCUGGAGAUAGACCUGAACUACAAACUGAAGACCUUACAGCAGCGUCUGGAGCAGGAACAGACUGAGCACAGGGUGACGCGGGCACAGCUCACUGACAAAUAUGAAUCUAUUGAAGAAGCCAAAUCAGCUGCCAUGAAUGCUGUUCAGCAGAAGAUGUCUGAGGAGAAUGGAGCGAGGAUGAGAGCUGAGAGCCGGGUAGUGGAGGUGGAGAAGCAGUGCUCAAUGCUAGAGUUUGACCUCAAGCAGUCUGUGCAGAAGAUGGAGCAAUUGAUGAAGCAAAAGGAAAGGCUGGAGGAUGAGGUGAAGAAUCUGCGGAUACAGGUCGAGCAGGAGUCGAGCAAGCGUGUCCUGGCUCAGAAUGACUUGAAGAGCCGCACGCAGGAGGUGGACCGUCUUAGAUGUUCGGAGAAGCAGCUCAAACAGGAGAUCAACACAGCACUAGAGAGUAAACGCUCGCUGGAGUUCCAGCUGGCACAGCUGACCAAACAAUACAGAGGCAACGAGGGACAGAUGAGGGAACUUCAGGACCAGCUUGAGGCCGAACAGUAUUUUUCUACGCUUUACAAAACUCAGGUCAAGGAGCUAAAAGAGGAGAUUGAGGAAAGGAACCGGCAGGUACAAGAGGCUAAUAAAAAGGUGCAUGAGUUGUGCAGUGAAAGGGACUCCCUGUCCGCCCAGCUUGAUCUGACGGUGACCAAGGCCGAGUCAGAGCAGCUUGCUCGGGCGCUUCAGGAGGAACAGUACUUUGAGCUCAGCCAGGAGAGCAAGAAGGCGGUGACUAGACAUAAGCAGGAGAUCGGGGAAAAGGAAGCUACCAUUGCACGACUUGAAGAAUCCAAUAAAACUCUGACCAAAGAUGUGGAGAACCUCAGCAAAGAGAAGUCUGAUUUGAAUGAGAAGCUUCAUAUUCAGGAUGAAGAGUAUGCAGCUCAGAAGGAGGAGAUUGCAAAUACAAUCAAGGCCACCUAUGAGAAGGUCCUCAACAAUGAGCGCACACUGAAGACUCAGGCGGUGAACAAGCUGGCAGAGAUCAUGAACCGCAAGGACAUGAAGCUGGACCAGAAGAAGAAGGGCAGCACUGCCGACCUCCGGAAGAAGGAGAAGGAGAACCGCAAGCUUCAGCUAGAGCUUAACCAGGAGAAGGAGAAGUUUAACCACAUGGCCAUCAAGUAUCAGAAGGAGUUGAGCGAGAUGCAAGCGCAACUAGCAGAAGAAUGCACAUAUCGCAACGAGCUGCAGAUGCAGCUGGACAGCAAGGAGAGCGACAUCGAGCAGCUUCGGGAGAAACUGAACGACCUGCAACAGCGCAUGGAUAACUCAAGUGUCACCAGUUUGCAGACAGAUGAGACAGACAGCAACAUCGCAGAAUCCAGAUUGGAGGGCUGGCUGUCCAUUCCUAAUCGUGCUAAUAUCAAGCGAUACGGAUGGAAGAAGCAGUAUGUGGUGGUGAGCAGUAAAAAGAUUCUGUUCUACAAUGACGAGCAGGAUAAGGAACAGUCCAACCCCUCAAUGGUACUAGAUAUCGACAAACUAUUUCAUGUGAGACCAGUCACUCAAGGAGACGUGUACCGGGCUGAGACAGAAGAGAUUCCAAGGAUAUUCCAGAUUCUGUAUGCCAACGAGGGGGAGUGCAGGAAGGAGGCGGACAUGGAGACGGUCCCUCAGGGCGACAAGACCAACUGUCUCCCACACAAAGGCCACGAGUUCAUCCCCACGUUAUAUCACUUCCCUUCAAACUGUGAGGCCUGCGCCAAGCCUCUGUGGCACGUCUUCAAGCCGCCUCCAGCUCUGGAGUGUCGCCGCUGCCACGUCAAGUGCCACAAGGACCACCUCGACAAAAAGGAGGAUGUUAUUGCUCCUUGCAAAGUAAAUUACGACGUAACCUCUGCCCGGGACAUGCUCCUGCUGGCCCUGACCCAAGAUGAACAGAAGAAAUGGAUUGGUCACCUUGGAAAGAAAAUUCCCAAGACCCCACCAUCUACAUUUUCAAGAGCCUCUCCUCGUUCUAUGUCCACUCGCUCUGGGCCAAACCAGUCCUUCCGCAGGAACCCUAAAAGCAAUACAGGAAAGCUGAGCUAACCAUCUGAACCGUUCCUCAUCCUCAAACACGGAGAAACCUGUAUUACAUAGAAAAUUCAAUUU